GAAAAGAAACGAUCGAGUACCUUGUCUAACUACAGUCAUCAACAAAAACCACCGUUUGCUACCUAAAGGUAAAGGGCCCUCCUGCUACGCAUCUCUCUCUCCUAACACCAAAAAAAUGCCGAAAGAAUUCCGCAUCCCACCCGUCUCCUUCCCGUCAUCCGGCUCAUCUCCGGCGACCACCACCACCACCAACAUGCUGCACCAACGCCGAAUCCCCACUGCACCAUUCCAACCCCAACGCCCUUCCUCCUCCCUCCCUUUCAUGUCCUUCGACAUCUCCUCCGCCACCGCUUCCUCCUCCUCCUCCGCCUUCCCACCACCCCACCUCCCCUCCUCCUCUUCCUCCGGCGCCCUCUUCUCCGAUGAACCCCCUCUUCUCGAAGAACUCGAGAUCAACCCUUCCUUAAUCUGGCACAAAACUCGCUCAUUACUCAACCCUUUUCGAGUCAACUCAUCUCUCCACCUCGAUCCCGAUCUUUCUGGCCCUUUCUUGUACUACAUCGCAUUCGGGUUGUUCCAAUUACUCGCUGGGAAAGUUCAAUUUGGUGUCAUUCUUGGUUGGAUUGCGAUUUCUUCCAUUUUUCUUUACACCAUCUUGAAUUUUCUUGCUGGGAGAAACGGGAAUUUGGAUCUCUAUCGAUGUUUUAGUGUUGUUGGGUAUUGUUUGAUGCCUAUUGUUAUUUACUCUGCUGCUUCGCUUUUUCUUCCUUCUACUGGAUCUACACCUGGGUUUGUUGUUGCGGCGGUUUUCGUGAUCUGGGCUACUAGGGUCUGCUCUCGCCUUUUGACUGUCGAUGAGUUGGGCGCUUCGGAAAAUCGUGGGUUAAUUGCUUAUCCUUGUUUCUUGAUUUAUUGUCUCUUUUCUAUGCUUGUCAUGUUUUGAUUUACUCUACCUUUCAAUAUUAUUACUUACACGGAGUAUUACAUUAAUUAAUUUGGUUGUAGAUGAUGUUAUCAAAUUUUGGUAUUGGAAUACAACAAUGUAUGAAUCGCAAUACAACAAUGUAUGAAAGUAUAGUAUCUCUUUUGUAGUAAAUGGAUAUCAUCAAAUUGUUAUUGGUUCUUUGGUUGAUUAUGUUUCGGAUUGGUUGAAAAGUAAAGAAUGUUUCGUUGUAGUUGAUCAAUUUA